UCAGUUGUCCUCUACAUUCAGGAAGAUCCUUCAACAAUGCCAGAAGAAAGAAUCUACUCUUCAGGGAGAGAGCCGUAUUUUAAUUUGAACUCCACUUGGUAUGAUCCUGCAGGAUCUUGGCUGGAUACUCGCCGCAAACCAUUCCACUAUGCUCACAAUACCUGCUGUGCAACCUGUUGCAACCGCAGAGAUGACAUCCCACGAAGAGGAGGCCAUGAUUACCGAUGCUACGGCUAUCGUCGAUCAACUUGUUGCUCUGGUGGAAACCCUAGAGUGAGAUGCUGUGUCCACAACCCCUCAGGAGGACCCCGAGAUUAUUGGGGGCGGCCACUUGGUGAUGCAUGCGAUGGGUGUACAGGAUAUUUUCCUAACGAAGAGUCAUUCACUGGUGAGACAUGUUGUGGAUCCUCAGGAGGUUGUGGCAGUGGAGGAAGAAGAGGAUGUUCAAAACCAGGGGGAUGCUGCAGUGGAGGAAGAGGGGUGUGUUCUGAGCCAGGAGGAUGCUGAAGUGGAGGAAGAGGAGUGUGUUCCGAGCCAGGAGGAGGUGGAAGUGAAGGAAGAAGGGUACAGUCUAAGUCAUGAGUUGCUUCAGGAGGAUGCAUCACCAGAUGUAAAUCCAAGCCAUGCAGUGACAGCAGACAGUCUUCAGAUGUUGGAGGCAGAUCAUCCAAACAACAAUAUCCAAACAAGUCAAGAGCAGUACGGAAAUGUUGUCCACUUGUAGCAAAAGUCCUGCUCUCCACCUUUUCAAAAGGGCCACAUUCUUCCCAGGAAGAAUUUCCUACGUAACUAUCUCCUAUGAUUUUUUUUUCUUGGGAUACUGCCAGUAGCAAUAGCCUUUGACUAGGCUGUUGUGAUGUUAGGGAAUUACUUUUGGUUUAAAAUUGGACUUAUGAUGUGUUUGAUAUUGUUUUGAAAUGUAAUUGUUUUUAAAAAAUUGGUUUUAAAUUGGUUUUAUGAUGCAUUGUAAAGUACAAUGACAACAGCUGAUGUAAGGAUCAGGAAAGAAACAAUAUGAAAAUCUAGAUCUUCUCCAAAGAUCAUCUGUUCAUUAACAGCAUACUUGACUUUCUUUUCAUUGAACUUUAUCAUGUCAAACUUAGGCCGUUUACUUCCCCAUGUUUGACUGUUCUCCAUUGACCUAUCCAGAAUCCUUGGGGGUGUGGUGGGACCUACAUAGAUUUUCCUACUGGCUAAGUUGUUGUGAACAGUCCUUCCUUGUUGCUUUGGAGCAAUGUGAUUUGAAAUAUUAGUUACAUGCUUUCCUCACUGGAACAAUAACAUUUUGUUUUUCC